GGGCUCUCGGGCCGAUGGAAAUUUUUGCGCGCAUGUGUUAAAGUGGAAUGGAUUUUCCAGGUUCAACACCAUUUAAUGGAGAGCAUAGACACAGCCUCUCAAGACAUAAUUUCCCAAGUUGUGCUUGUGCCUUUUUGGAUGAUGAUCCUGCCUAUGAGUGCUCCACACAUCCUCUGACAGGCUCCCUUCCUACGUGCCGCCGCAGCCCUCGACUGCUUUCUAAUGGUUAUUAUGUUUUGACAGAAGACAGUUUUCUGUCUGAUGGAGAGGGCAACAUAACACUGACACCAUCCCACACAAGUGUUACAUAUAAAGAGAAUUUAGUUCGUGUAUUCAGGCGAAGGAAGAAAAUCCGUCGCUCUCUUGACAGCUUGUUCAAUCUCAGUGCCUCCAGCUCAUGGCUCAGCUCCACCAUUCCCAGCAGGAUGGAUUUCUCCCAUGUAGAGGAUCCUUGGCCUGAUGGAUGCAGCAAACUAGAAACCAGUCACAGUGAUAUUGGUGAUUUAGACUUUUCUUCUGAAUAUAAUAACCAUGUGUCACAAAGGCAAAUUCUAGCAUCAAAUGGAGCACUUCUCACCAAAGAUGAUGAGUUUCUUCAUUUUGAGGAACCAUUUUGUGCUUCAAAAUCCUGCUCUUCAUUUAUGAUAAAUGCAAAUGAAGAGAACUGGAACAAUACAGAAUCCAGGACAGUGCAAAAUGUCGUUUCUCAGAUGGUUGCACUGAUCAUGUGUUUAAUCAUUUCACUAUGUACAAGAUAUUUUCUGGGAGGACUGUCUGCCACUUUGUUGCUGAUGAUUUUAGUUUUCUUUUUGUCCCAAGAUGCUGCUGUGACAUCUUUCUUCAGUCUCGAUACAUUUUUCAGAACAACUAAGCUUUGAAAAUAAUAAGAAGUAAAGAACAAUAGCUCUUCAGCAUUGAACUCCUGGAUACCUCCUUAUGGCCAUGUUUACACGUUCCUGUGGGGAAAAAAAAUAACAGAUUUGAUAGUAUUCUUCCUCCAAAACACAAAUAAUUUUAGCUUUAUUUUUCUUCUGGUCAAAUGUGAGUGAGGCCUUAGUUCUUGAUGACUACCUGAAAAGAAGUGCUGUACUUGUAGUAUCUUUAUCUCGAUAAUAAAAAGUGUUGUGUAAUUCCUGUGAAAUAUUUUUUAAAUAAAAAUUAUGUUGUCCCAUAUUUUGUGUAAUAAUUUCUUGUUACAACAUGCCAUCAAAGAGAAUGGAUUUGGAUAGUGGCUGAGUACAUGUGAUAAUUGAUAUAUUAUGUAAUUAAAAUAGUAUUUAUAAUACUCAUCCUCAUAUUUACUUGUAGUUAAUGCACUUGAAUAAUAUUGUAAGUGUUAAGUAAUUCCUCUUUUUUAUUUGAAGUACAGAGACGACUGAGAAGAAAUAUCACCAUGUAAAACAUAUAAAUAUUUUGUUUUCUAUUUUAUGCCUAUCGUAAAAGGUCCAUUACUAAAAUCACUUCUAAAAUGAAAGGAUUAUAAAGAUCUUUAGUGUUUAAAUAAUCUCUUGAAAUAAUAAUCUGG